AUGUCCCGCUUCUUCCCUCACCCCCCAUACGCGGAGGACCAGCCCCUCGCGCACACCGUCCUGCUCUCGCAUACGCUCUUCCGCUGCUUCAAAACCGGCACCGCGCUGGGCGUAUUCUGGCACGUUGGACGCAAUCUCUCCUCUCGUUCAGCAGCACGCAUCUGUGAAAAAGAAGAUGCCCCGUCAAAAGAUUCAACAGCGCCACCGUCCACUGCCAUUGCGUACUUCUAUUCUCUUCUCCAGCAGAUUCCCGCUCCAGAACCGGCACUAGUGCGGUCCGCGUCACUUGGGUCGUUGGUUGGAUUGGGGACAUGGAUGAUCAUCUUACCGCUUAAGAUGGGCGGGAAGGAGGAGAUCCAGUGGAAGGAUUACAGUUGGAGGAUUCUGGAGAAUCGGGGGCAGGUUCUGCUGGAUGAUUGGUGUGUUGCUGGUUUGGUUGGUGGUGUUGUUAUGGGGUUUUUGGCGAAACGCAGACACGAACAGGAACGGGAACAGCAACAAAGGGAUGGAGUUGAGGGAUCUGAGGGAAAAGCUCCACUGUGGCAAUGGCUUCUUGCUGGUGCUGGAUUGGGGAGUUUGGGAGGUGUUAUUGGUUUUCUAGUUGUUAGGGCUGGGGGGAGGCUGCUGAGGGUCUGA